ACCCACGAUGCAUUUUUUGUUUGUUUUUUCCUCUGUUGAUCUGAAAAAUGACAAAUUGUGUCUCAAUUAUAUUGAGGAAUUAGACAGACUUGUUUUCUUCUUCUACCUAAUUUUUACUCUGCCAUGAUUUGUUGUUUUGUAAUCUAUUUCAGAGGCCAUAUGCAUUUAAGGCUGUUUCUUAUCCAUUAUUCCCUUCGAGAAGUGACAUAAAUUGCAAGUAAUUUAGAGGCAGAGCCCAGAAGGUAUUUAUAUAUGUAGAGUCAGCCGCUCACUGUUCAUUCAUAAAAAACGAUUAGCUGGUGUAUUUGAGACGCUUCAUUGCUGAAGGUGCAAACAUAUCAAUAUUUUCCCCCCACUUCUUUUCAUUAGUUAGCUAUUAAAAGUCACACAAAUGGAAAUUUCCCUUCAGUAGUGCUAGAACGCAUCCUAGCUAACAGAUGUAAAUGUAACCAGCCCUGCGAUUGUGUCUUCAAAACGUCAUCGCAGUAAAGUAGCCUUAUUAUUUUUAAAGGAAGGGUUAACUAAUAGCUCCGAAAGGUUCAUGGUCCGGCCCCGUUGUGAAUCAAUGGGACUUGACCUAUAGCCGAAGACUAAUUCAUUCAACAUUCCCCCACCCUGAUGAUUAUAAAUAUCGAGGACACACUUCACAGUCUUCAUUCUUGAUCUCGCCUCUGAGACUCAACAGUUGAAGAGAACGUCUGACACUAUGAAAGUAAGUCCACAUUCAUGCCUUCACUGACUAGACAGAAUGAAAAAAGAGAGAAGCUGAUUUGACCACCAGGAAUUUAGUCAUUUUAAUAGUAGAAAUCUUGUUUAGAUACUUUUGUGCAUAAUGUAAUUAACAAUGAAGAGAAAAGAGACUAAUAUACAGAGUUGUAAAAGGCUGAUUGCAAUGCUCUUGCACAUGGGGAAUGAUAUAUUUUAACACGACUUCAUCUUUUCAGGAUUUAAGGACUCUUGCAGCUUACGCACUUGUGCUGUUACUUCUGGCAACAUUUGUGUCCCAUUCCUGGUGUGCACCCAAGGGCAGUUUUCAGCGUCGGAAUUGGACGCCUCAAGCCAUGUUAUAUCUGAAGGGCACACAGGGACGGCGCUUUGUGACAGAAGACAGAAAUGACGGGGACUUGUAUGACACAAUACGCUUGGAGUCCCGCAGCCAGAACACAGAAAACCUGAGGAUCUCUAAAGCGGCUGCAUUUCUCUUAAAUGUUCUCCAGCAAGCCAGAGACGAGGAUGAGGCUUACUGAAACUUGCUCAAAGUGCGCCAACAACUCCCUCUUUCAUCUUCCUGCUUUGUGAGCCAUUUGGAAUUGAAUGUUUUCAAGUUUUCAUCCUCUGCUACAGUGUUUGAGAUC